AUGGAGGAAACAGAUUUAGAUUUUGUUCUGAAUUCCGUUCCAUUCAAAGAACUUUUAAUUUUGAUACAGAAGAAGGCAAAAAGUGGAAGUAAAGAUGUCGUAAAUUAUUUAAAAGCUAUUUUUCAAGGUUCCUCCCUUCAAAAUGAUGACUGUGAGAAACGUCGUUUUGAAACGUUUAAAUGCGCUCUCUCACUGUUGCAGAUGCCAAAUUUGUCUGCAAAUUUAUCUUCCGAAAUAGUAUCGUUGUUACUACAUAAAGUAGAUUUGCUUCAAACAUCGCAUCUGAUGAAAUUGAGCGAAAUGUUUGUAGAGCAUGCAAAAAUAUCCGAUAGUUUUGGUGCUAAAUGGCUUCAAAUUUUUGCUAAAGUUCUUUCCUGUCUUCAACAUCGCGACAGUAGUGUAUACAAAGGCACUGAUAUGUCUGGCUCGGAAUUGAAAAAGAAUGUCAUAUCAUCCUUAUUUUCAGGGAGUAACAUUCCAUGCAUUGUACAGCUGGCAUCUGUGUUGAAAGAUAUUGAUAUUACUGCUGAUGAAAUGAUCAUUGUUUCUGAGAGUAUGUUGAAGGCUUUGCCACAUAUUGACCUUAUGGAGUUGCCUCCAUUUGUAUAUCAGUUAUUGUUACUAUCCGGGAAAGGACAACGUGCUCCGAUAUUAGAAGGAAUAAUUUCCUUCUUUAUUUUGAAAGAUAACAAGAUAAGAGAUUCCGCAUCCGAAAAUGAAGAUAGUGAAAGCGUCAUUGGUGGUGAAAAUCAUGAUCUUUAUCGACAGACUGAAGGUACUGUGAUCUUUAUGAUGUCAGCAAGUGUCUAUCAAGAUCAGAAUGUCGGUAAAGAAUUUUUGCAGUUUGUUAAAAAAAUGCAGUAUAUUCCCGAAGUUGUCUUUUCUCCUUUCGUAUUUUCAACCUCUUUGUCUUUAAUAAAAGCCCACUGCAGCAAAGACGAUGUAUUUGACUCUCUGAAAAAAUCUAUGCUUACAGCUUUUCUAAUAAAAGACAAAAAGAAGAAUUCUGUGUGGUUGAGAAAUUUAAUCUCUUUGAACCCGGAUAUUUUACAACUUGUUAAAGAAGCCAUCAACAGCAGUCGUUUUGGGUGGGACCACAUUUGUCAAGGUUUAGUUUCAUUUGGUUUUUAUGCUACUGAAGCUUUCGGCCCAAGACAAGUUGCAGGUAACGCUGUUAAAAUGUCUUGUGAAGAAGCAUUUAGUUUGGCUAGUCAUAUUUUAAGAGACACUUUUAAAAGCCAUUGCAUAGUACGAAAAGAUAUCUUUGAACAAAUUUUAAAUAAGAUCAUAAUAAACUCUCAAAAGCCAGUUUCGCACUACAUUGACAUUUUAUCACAAAUUGCUCAGAGUGAUCCAUUGUUUCUGUUAGACGUUCUGCCAAAGCUGGUUGAGCUUUUAGAUAGUAUACAUCUACUUCCUCCUUCAAAUGCCUCUGAAAUUCUACAUUCGUUGGCACCUUUGCUCAAAAUUAGCUCUACCUUAAAAGAUACUCUUAUGCUAGUGUUAAGGAAGGCAUUGUUUCAUAAGGAUUUGGAUUGUAGAAAAGUUGCACUUUGUGGCUUCUUAACGUUACUGAAAAAGAUGAAUGUUAUUGGAAAGUUCUCUUUGAGUCAAAGCCAAACCUCCAUGAGUAGCCAAGCUUCAUCAUCAUCAUUGAUUUCUCAGGUUAAAGCAGAUGUUUAUGUUAAAUCAAGUACUAUCAAUCAAAGGACCAUGUGUUUAGAAAUCAUGGGUUUAUUAACGCGAGCUCUAAUGGAGCAAUCUGAAAUAAAACAGUUGUUAUAUGAAGGGUUGUUCGAUGUUGUUCUACAUAAUGCUUCUUUCAAAGAUAUAGUGCUAGAAUUAUUGUUAGGACAGUUUGAGAAGUUUUUCAAUUCUAGUGAAUCUUCAGAAAUGAUUUUAGAUUUAAAUGCAUGUUUUGAAGAAUCAAAAGGUGGUUUGAUUGUGAAAGAGCCUCUUGCACAUUUGAUAACUUCAAUACAUCUCAUUUUGUCUGAAGGAAAUUCUGUCAGUUCAGAUGAUGAAGAUGAUUAUGUUCAAAGUGCUCAAAAAUCAUUAGAAGAAUACUUUUCAAAUUUAAAGAAAAAGUAUGCUGAAGCUAAUGUCAGUAGAUUUCAAUUCAGUAAAGACGACUUAGAUGAUGAUGAGUCUUCAAACAGUGGCAAUUUGAAAGUUGCUUUGCUGUUGAACAUUUAUGAAGCAUUAAUAGAAUGCUCGUUGAUGUCAAAUAAGGAAUACUCUUCUGGAGGUUGUGAGGAACUGUUAAAGUUAUAUCAUAGACACAAGGAGAUACUCGAAACUACCACCAAGAAGAAGCAAAGCAAAAAUAGCAAACCAAAAGCAAAUCAGAAUCAGUCGGCUUCCUCUUUUUGGAGUAUAAGAUGUCUUUCCAAGAUAAUGGAUGCAUUGUUUUGUGAUGAAGUAUUGAAACACCAAACUGGCCUCAAAAUAUUACGAGAUGAUGCUGGAUUUGUUGUGUACGUCAUUAACAUGUGUCAUCAAAAGCUUUUAAAAUUGAGUGAAUCGGGUUCUAGUGAUGGAUUUUCUCAGGUCAUGAAAAAUUCUUUCAACUAUAUUGUAACUAUCGGCAAAACUUUGCUUCAUACUUAUAGUGAAGGAAUUAGUUCAGAUUUUUCAUCUUUAAAUUGGGACAAAAUAUCGAUAAAAUUUGCUGAAAGCCUUGUAUAUAUAUUCACUUACAUCAGCUCACAUCAUUCAAAAAAUAUGGAUAAGUUUAUAAUUGAGAUAAAUAGGGAGCAAUGUCUUUCCAUUUCUGAAGCCUUGAAGAACGUCUUAAAUUGCAUCAAAGAAGCAAUAACGAAGUUAUUGUGUGAUACAGAUGAUGACAGUAAUCUAAAGGAAUGUGUGCCGCUUUUAUCAGUGAUAAAAAUACUACAUGCUUCACACACAGAACAUUUUAAAGAUAAUAUAUAUAAGUGGUUGAAGCAAUUAUGUGCACAGCAAUUUUUCCAAAAUGCUUCUAUAUCAAAAUCUUUUAUUUCAUUGUGUUUUACACUUGCUCAUCAAGAUGAACAAUUGUUAGCUUUUCUUCAAGAAGUUGCUUUUGAUAUACACUAUAGGUUGGGAAACACCGAUCCGGACGAGAGCGUGAACGGCAAUCCCAAGUAUGAAAUCAUCACAAGCGAGGUUGCCUGUGGUAUGAUUCCCAGUCUUCUCUCUCAGUUGGAACAGAUUUUAGAUGACGCGGAAUGGGUGUUAAAUUUCUUGAAAGCAAACUCCCAGCUGACAGAUGAAAUUAUGAAAAUGUUAAAAAGCAAAGCAUUUGACAAGCAUAAAACCGAACAAGGAAUUUGUGUUUGUUUUUCUGGAGUCAUCCUUGUCCUUCACGAGUUGGUUCAGACUAGUAUACCUCCUGAUAGCCUGGCAAACAGCAUACUGAAGAUUGUUGCAAAGUUUUAUAGAUUAUUGACAUCCUUAACGAGGUAUUACUUGUUGUUUCCUAAGAACAAAAACGUUUCACUGCAUCCUGCUUUUGAAAAACUAGUGAAACUGUCUGGUCACAAGCUUACAAGUUAUGUGUAUUGUUUUAUUACAUAUCUUCAAAUGGUAUGGGGGGAAGAAAGUAGUAAGAAAAAGAAGUCUAAAAAUCACAUGGUAGCAAAUAAAGCAAUGCAGGAAAACAAAACGUUGCCUGCAUUAGUAUUUGCAAUUGAGACGUAUGAAAAAAAUCUAAUAUUACUUUCUAAAAAGUGCAAUAAAGAUCUCACAAACCACAUGAAGUUGAGCACUGCGCGUGAUUUUCGCAUUAAUCCUACAGUUGUCAGCUCCUUGCUCGAGCAGCAGGAAAAUGAAGAAGCAGAUUCUACCGCAGAUGCAACAGCAGAUGAUGAUGUUCCCAAUAACAACUUACCUUCUCGAGAUAAUCGCGAGGAAGGUUCAAUUUCUAAGAAUGAUCCUACAGAUCAAGAAUCAGUCGCUGGAGAGCAAGAAGAUGAACCUAGAAGAAAAAACUUGAGCAUUCGUGGAAGUAAGCAGGAAAAGAACUUGAGUGUUCAUGGAAGUAAGCAGGAAAGAAACUUGAGUGUUCGUGGAAGUAAGCAGGAAAGAAACUUGAGUGUUCGUGGAAGUAAGCAGGAAAGAAACUUGAGCGUUCAUGGCAGUAAACAGGAAAAAAGGAAAGCGGCUAAUGCUAAUACUGGUGUAAAGAACGAUGAGGAAAAGAACACAAAACGAAAACGUCUUGGAAUUAGAUGAAGUACAAAAUGAAAUCAAAUUUAAUGUUAAAAGUGUUAGUUACGUUAAAUCUUCUUAGGACCGAUUUAAAAAUUGCAACUUUCAUAUAUCUGUUUUUGAAAUGACUUUCGAUGAAAUUAGAUCUUCAAAAUAUAAAUGAUGGUGGAAAUACAACUUGAUUUCAAAGUGUGGUAAAACAA